ACACGUGUUGACAUUCAACAUUGUUGUCAUUCAUUGUGCAGAAGAGAAGAAAAUUUAAUAAUUUAAUUUAAAAUAACUAAAGAAUAACAUUUGUUAACAUAAAAAAAUGGGUCGUAAAAAUAAAUCUAAUCCUUUUGCUGCCAAAAAACGUCAAAAGCGCCAAAAUGCCGAAGAAGGGAAGCCGGAACGCCGUGCAGAACCCUAUCCUGAUAUUGUGCGUGAUAACCCUGCAUUUAUUAAAUACUAUAAUGUACAAAAUAUCUGUGCAGAUGAGCAGGAGUGGGAAAAGUUUUUGUUGGCCAUACGUGACAAUUUACCGGCUACUUUCAGAGUGACCGGUUUUAAAGGGGAAGCUAAGGCCUUAUUGGAUAUUAUACAGACUGAAUUGUUUACUGAAUAUGUUAAGGGUGUAGCAGAGUUACGUGGUAAACCCGUAGAGGAGGUAGAACGUCCUCUUUGUCUUCCAUGGUAUCCCAAUGGAAUGGCCUAUCAAUUAGAUUUGACCCGCAAGGAUAUACGUCGUUCAGAACCCUUGUAUCGUCUGCACAAUUUCCUUAUAAACGAAACAAAUGCUGGUGCUAUAAGUCGUCAAGAAGCUGUGUCUAUGAUACCGCCUCUUGUUUUGGAUGUUAAACCUACAGACAAAGUUUUGGAUAUGUGUGCUGCUCCUGGCUCCAAAACUGCUCAAUUAAUUGAGGCUUUACAUGCCGAACCAGAAAAAUAUAAAAUCCCACCAGGUUUUGUCCUAGCUAAUGAUGUAGAUAAUAAUCGUUGUUAUAUGUUGGUGCAUCAGGCCAAACGUUUGAAUUCUCCCUGUUUUGUGGUGACUAAUCAUGAUAGUGCCUUCUUUCCCAAUUUGUUGAAAACUGAAGCAGAUGGUUCUAAAUCCAUUUUAAAAUUCGAUAAAAUUUUGUGUGAUGUGCCCUGUUCUGGUGACGGAACUUUGCGCAAAAAUCCUGAUAUUUGGUUAAAAUGGAAUCUGGCACAGGCUUAUAAUUUACAUGGCAUACAAUACCGCAUUACUAGAAGAGGUGCUGAAAUGCUUGAGGUAGGCGGUCGUUUGGUUUAUUCCACUUGCUCCUUAAAUCCCAUAGAAAAUGAGGCAGUCUUACAACGCAUUAUUGCUGACUCUAAAGGAGCUCUUGAAAUUGUCGAUGCUUCCCAUUUGGUGCCCGGCUUAAAAUAUAAACCUGGUAUGACAGAAUGGAAAUUGGCUUCCAAAGAAGUAGAUGAAAUCUAUAGCAGUUUUGAAGAGGUACCAGAAAAAUAUCACACUGUCAUUAGACCCAACAUGUUCCCUAUGCCCAAGGAAGAAAUUGAAAAAUUGGGCUUAGAAAAAUGCAUACGUGUAUUGCCACAUUUGCAAGAUUCUGGUGGUUUCUUUGUAGCUGUUUUACACAAAAAGUCUCAAUUGCCUUUCGAGAAAAAUGAUGUUAAAGAUUUGUUAGAAAAACCAAAACCAGAAGUUAAAUUAGACGAAAAUGGCCAACCCAUUGAGGAAAAAUCUGUUCCCUGGGGUCCCCAGCGUAAACGUAGACGUCUACAUGGCUAUAAAGAAGAUCCCUACGUAUUCUUUGAAGAAAAUGAUGCUGACUGGGAAGAAAUUAAACAAUUUUAUGAUUUAGAUGAUUCGCUAAACAAACGUUGUUUACUUACCAGAUGCAUAACAGAGAAAAAGAAAAAUAUUUAUUAUUGCUCUGAUUUGAUAAGAGAUUUGGUAUUAUUAAAUGAAAAUAAUAUUAAGAUAAUCAAUACUGGAGUUAAAUCCUUUGUACGUUGUGAAAAUCGUCACACCCAACACCCCUUCCGUUUAGCGCAGGAAGGUCUGCAGACUACAAAUGCAUUUGUAGGAGACAGCCGUAGAAUACAAGUUGAAAAGGAAGAUUUAAUAUUGCAACUUAACUGUACAGAUCCUACCAAACCUCCUUCAACAAAUGAACUUAAAGAAGCCACCCAAAAAAGAUGUAAAGAAUUAAGUGUUGGCAGUUGUAUUAUUAAAUAUGUAGAUGAACGUUUUACUUUGUACAUAGUGGGUUGGCGUGGUACUUCCAGUCUUCGUGCUUAUGUCGACAGCAAUGAAACUUUACAUAUUUUACGUUUAUUGGGCGCUGAUCUUAGUAAAUUUGAGGUUAAUAAAUAUGAAAAGGCUAGAGAAGCAGCAGCUGCUUUAGCAGAAGCUUCUGCUUUAACAGCUGCUGCAGCUGAAGACACUUUAAAAGAGGUCGAACAAAAUAUGACCCCCAUGGAAACAAAUGAAACUGAAGAAAACGCAACAAAUGAAUAAGUAAAGUUUAUAUUUUAUUUUUAAUAUAAAUGAAUGUAGUGUGUACAUUUAGAAGGUCGUAAGAUAAUAUACAUAAUUUCAAAAGUUUUGACUCCAAACCAAA